AUGACAAUAGUAUGUCUGUUCAAUUUUAACGCAAUAGACGAUCCUUUAGUUCUCUGCAACAUAGUAGGAUAUCACCUUGAUUUCCACUCAUUUGAGUUGCCCACAAUAAUCAUCGAGACAGGCAAAGAACUUUCUCCAUCGCAUACCCCACUACCAGCUAAUCUAAAUCGCACCCAAGAAUAUGCACUGAUCUCCCCACACGAGGCAUACCAUUCCAUUUGGAUGCAUAUGUUGCCGCCUCUUUAUAUAUCGUUGAAUGCAUCUGUCCCAUUCGCAUCAUCUAGAGGUAUUGCAAAAAGAACCCCAUUUAAUCGCGAUUUUCCCCACGUUUUUACUGGAUAUCGCAGUGCCCUUGUCUUUAAUUGCCCCAUUUGCUCAAUAUCCCUCAAGGGAGAGGAGGCUUUUUUGAAAAAGUAUUCUAAAGCACACAUGGAAUCCCAUUUUCCAGUACAAGCGGCUGCCAUAAUCAUGCCCCAACGGCAUCUCAUAAGAAAGAACACCAGCUUGCUCGCUGAUUUCCUCGCUAAUAUCACCGAUGAAUAUCUUUCCAUUCCCUAUUUUAGCAAGUUUAUUACUGUUCCAAAAUCAGCCGUGUCAAUUUCAUAUGCCAAGUCACUGUUGCUCGAUGGCAGGCUAUCUUAUUUUACGAUUGAAAAGACACUGCAUCUGCUUGAGGGGCUUUUUCAACGCUAUUUUCAUGCAUCUUUUUUGUGGCUAUCUCCUUCUUUUUUAUUAAAGGAGAUAACAUCCCGGAUAAGUGUGUUAUGCUAUCUUGAAAAGCUUGAACAGGAAAACACACGAACCGAUAUCCAAAAUACGAGCCUAAAAGCCCAUAAAAGCAAAAGAGCAGCGACAUCUGCUCUUUGCAAGCCUAAAUCGAAGGUAUUCAUUUCAUCGUCGUCUUUAUUGGAAAAAUCAGCGCCUAGUUUGGCUAUGAAGAAGCAAAAAGGAUCUACAAAAAAUAAAACCAAGGACUCAACUACCUUGCACGCCGAUUUUUCCAUUUCUUCCUCCUCAGCCCCAUCGACGGCUUCCUUUUCAGCCCCAACGGUGGGCCCAAUAGAGCCAAACCUCUGCCCAACCACUCCCAUAGCUACUGCUAUUCCCGUCAAAAUCCAGCCAAAAAGAGAGGGAACAAUUAGAUGUAAAUAUGAGAUUUUCUUUGGAAAACAAAAUACGCUGCUUUCUUGCCAUUUUAACAGGUACCUCAUUUGGGCAUUCAUUACAUAUUUUCAAUAG